GUGAUGAUGGUGUGGCCUGAUUUUUGGGAUUUUUAACGUCUGAUUUUCAAGAGCAUUCCUUCUUUUGGAUGUAUUUUAAUUUAAGAUGGAAUAUUUCUUUCUCCCCACUCACAAAGUUGCAUUAAAACGAUACUGGCAAGCUCUUAGUAGGUUCCUCAGAGCAUCAUAACAUGCAUAAUUUCUCUUGGAAAAAAAACAAAACAGUUUCCACAACUGUCUUAUUGGUGUCCCAAAACAUUUUUCUCUGAAAACUUAAUGCAACAUUUUUGUUAUGAUUUUAAUGUAAUUAUGGAAACCUGAGAUCUUUAAAGUGAGGUAGCAGUUGAGCAGGAUUUUUUGGGGCUUUUUUUUUUUUUUAAACCCACCUUUUAAUCUGAAAUAAUUUUGAGCAGACUCAAACCAGGCUUUGCUCUCUUUUUCUACCAACCUAGAUUUGCACAUCAGUUGCAUAGUAGAUGCAGUUCCUCAAAAAAUUCAAACUACAUGCUGAAACGCAUGAAGGAGACAGGAGGCUGCAGUGCUACCGGGCUUGAAGGCACAGCUCCAUAGCAUCAGUAAUGUUCAUACAAAGAUUACUUUGUAGAGUUUGAGAAGGAACUUGUUACAUAUGGGUGGUGUAAGUGACAGGGUAGUGAACCUGAAUCAGACCAGCUCCCAGAUGUACUGAAAGAAUAGCAAGACUGGAGGAUCACAAUGACUGGCGAUGAUUUUGGGGUCCCACUGCUGCAAGGUUAAAAUCACUGACCUGGUUUUAUUUUUGCUAUGUAAGAAAUAUAUAAUCUAAUAUACUUGGGAAGCAUUGUCAGCUAUGCAUUUCUUGCUGGUGUUAACCAAAUUACUGAGAUACCUUGGUCGUCUCCAUCUUGCAGAAGCUGGCCAUGGAACGUACCAUUUCAGAAUUUUCUAAUGUAAAAGAUCAUCCUUGAACCAUGGAGGUGCUGCAAUGUGAUGGCUGUGACUUUCGAGCUCCAUCUUACGAAGACCUAAAAGCUCACAUUCAGGAUGUUCACACUGCUUUUCUGCAGCCAACUGAUGUCUCUGAGGAAAGUCCUAGCCAGCCAAGAUCUGGUUCCAUGAAUGCUAGCAACCAGACUGAGGCUGAAUUUUCUUCCGUAAAGGAUGAAUUUGCAAUUGCAGAUGAAAUAGCAGGGCAAAAUGCAACAAGUCAGAUGGGGACUGCAAGUUACUAUAGCCAGAGCCAGACUUUCUAUGGUCAGCACUUGGCUCCAAAUCCUAAACCAACCAACAAGUUUUUCCAGUGCAAGUUCUGUGUGCGCUACUUCCGUUCCAAAAACCUCCUCAUAGAGCACACACGCAAGGUUCAUGGAGCACAGGCUGGGGGGAGCUCAGUGGGGCCACCAACUGCUAGUUCCCUUAAUUACAACAUCAUGAUGUAUGAAGGGUUUGGCAAAGUUUUCAGUUGCCAGUUCUGCACCUACAAGUCACCCAGGCGUGCUAGGAUUAUUAAGCACCAGAAAAUGUAUCACAAAAACAACCUGAAAGAGAGUUCAACUCCUCCUACUGCUGCCGCUGCUAUGUCUGAAUCAACGUCUGCUUCUGUGCCAGUGCAGGAACCCUGCAAGGAGCUGCCCGCAGAGGUGGUGGAGCGGAGCAUUUUGGAAUCCAUGGUCAAGCCCCUGACAAAGUCUAGGGGCAACUUUUGCUGUGAAUGGUGCAGCUACCAGACACCUCGAAGAGAGCGCUGGUGUGACCACAUGAUGAAGAAGCACCGCAGCAUGGUAAAAAUACUGUCAAGCCUGAGGCAGCAACAGGAUGGAACCAGUGCACCUGAUGUACAGAGUAAGAGUGCUCAGAAUGCCUCUCCAAACUCUAAUUAUAUCUCCAUGAAUACAACAGGACGUGAGAUGUCAAAUGCUAAUGUCUCAAACUUCAGGAGCUCUAUGGGCAGUUCCCUUAUCAGGCCCAACUCUUCUACAUCUUCCAAAUUUUCUUCUGUGUCUUACCCUCAAAUGAAGCCUAAGUCACCUCACAACUCAGGCAUGGUUAGUUUGUCUGACAGAUCCCGCUAUGGAAUUGCUGAUAUGACGAAUUCUGCUGCUGACCUGGAAACUAGCAGUAUGCUGAAUGACUCGAGCUCAGAUGAAGAGCUACAUGAAAUGGACAGUGAGAAUGGCUUAAACUCCAUGGAUCACCAGACCUCAGGACUGUCUGCAGAACAGCUGAUGGGAUCUGACGGCAACAAACUAUUGGAGACAAAGGGGAUUCCGUUUAGAAGGUAUAUGAACAGGUUCCAGUGUCCUUUUUGUCCUUUCCUGACGAUGCACCGGCGAAGCAUUUCACGUCACAUUGAGAACAUCCAUUUGUCUGGGAAGACAGCUGUGUACAAGUGUGAUGAAUGCCCUUUCACCUGCAAGAGUUCAUUAAAGCUUGGUGCCCACAAGCAGUGUCACACAGGAACAACAUCAGACUGGGACACUAUCAACUCUCAGACUGAAAGCAUCACCUCUUCUUUGCAUGACAGCGCAGUGUCUUAUGAGAGUGGAAAUAUAAAUGGCAGAAAGUCAUCUGGAAUGAUGGAAUCGGUGCAGCCGCAGCAACAACAGCAACAACAGCAGUCACCCCAGCCCCCUUCACAGCAUCCAUACAAGUGCACAAUGUGCAACUAUUCCACCACAACUUUGAAAGGCCUCAGAGUUCAUCAGCAGCACAAGCAUUCAUUCUGUGACAACUUGCCAAAAUACGAUGGACCACCAUCGAACACACCACAAGAGAGUGAGGCAGAUGCUCACCCUUCUGCCAGCACAGUGAAGAAGAGCCAGACCUCCAUCCUUGGCCUCUCAUCUAAAAAUAACUUUGUUGCAAAGGCCCCUAGGAAAGUAUCAAAUGACUUCCCUUUAGAUCUCUCUCCAGUGAAAAAGAGAACUAGAAUUGAUGAAAUAGCAAGUAACUUGCAGAGCAAAAUCAACCAAAACAAACAGCAAGAAGAUGCUGUGAUUAAUGUAGAGGAUGAUGAGGAAGAGGAGGAGGACAAUGAGGUGGAGAUAGAAGUGGAGUUAGACAGAGAAGAAGAGCAAACAGAACCGAUGAUAGAGGUUUCCAGUUCUUACGCACCCCAGCAAAUGUGGGGCAGGGAGGCUAAUGAUUCCCAGAAGGAGGCAAACUUUAGAAGCAUGCAGCAUGACUACAAUUCCACCAAUGGAGCGGAGAUUGAGCUCACUCUAUCUGAAGAUGAGGAAGACUACUACUCUUCUGUCAGCAUGAAGGACCAUCAGAGCCCUAAUACCUCUGUUCUGGGGAGCCAGUCAAACAUGUAUGGUACUGAUCAGAACAAUGAAAAUUCAGAGUUUAGUGAUUCUGGAAGGCUUUACUAUUGUAAACACUGUGAUUUCAGCAACAAAUCCGCAAGGAGUGUUAGCACCCAUUACCAGCGAAUGCAUCCCUAUAUUAAAUUCAGCUUUAGGUAUAUCCUGGAUCCUAAUGAUCACAGCGCAGUUUACCGAUGUCUUGAGUGCUACAUUGACUACACAAACUUUGAAGACCUGCAGCAGCAUUAUGGAGAGCAUCACCCUGAAGCUAUGAAUGUACUGAACUUUGAUCAUUCAGAUCUGAUCUACCGUUGCCGCUUCUGCUCUUAUACAAGCCCGAAUGUUAGAAGUCUGAUGCCACAUUACCAAAGAAUGCAUCCUACAGUGAAAAUUAACAAUGCAAUGAUUUUUUCAAGCUACGUUGUUGAGCAGCAAGAAGGGCUGAACACAGAGUCUCAGACACUGAGAGAGAUCUUGAAUUCUGCUCCAAAAACUAUGGCAACCUCCACCCCCGUGGCUCGCGGGGCUGGUGUGCCAGCUGGUUUUAACAAAAGUGCCGCCAAGAAUUUUAGUCCUGAAUGUGAAAAUCAGAAGGAACCUUCAGUCAAUACUGUGGUUGUUUAUGACUGUGAUGUGUGUUCAUUUGCAAGCCCUAACAUGCAUUCAGUUCUAGUACAUUAUCAGAAAAAGCACCCGGAAGAGAAAGCAUCGUAUUUCAGAAUUCAGAAGACCAUGCGUGUAGUCUCUGUUGACAGGGGCUCUGCCCUGGCUCAGAUGUCUUUUGAGUUGGGGACGCCUGUCUCCCCAAAAUUGUCCAGCUUGGCUUCUCAACCUCCAGGCCCACCACUCCCACCCCCAGACCUUUCUACUGAACUCUACUAUUGCAAACACUGUUCAUACAGCAACCGCUCAGUUGUGGGAGUCCUUGUCCACUACCAGAAAAGGCACCCAGAGAUAAAAGUCACUGCUAAAUAUAUCAGACAGGCACCCCCCACUGCAGCAAUGAUGAGGGGUGGUGAACUGCCACCUGGUAUUCAGAGGCCAGGAGUGUCAAUGCAGCAUUUGAGCCGCGGUGGAUCCGAGUCCUCCAUGAAUCCUCCUGAGAAUGAAAUGUUCUUCUGCCAACACUGUGACUAUGGAAAUCGAACCGUGAAAGGUGUGCUUAUUCAUUAUCAAAAGAAGCAUCGUGACUUCAAAGCUAACGCGGAUGUGAUUAGGCAGCAUACAGCCACCAUUAGAAGCCUUUGUGAUCGCAGCCAGAAGAAAUCGACUGGCAGUGUGUCUGCGCACGCCUCCAGCACUGAGCGGGACAAGUCAAAGCUGAGAGCCCUAAAAUGCAGGCAGUGUACCUACACGUCACCUUAUUUCUAUGCGUUAAGGAAGCAUAUUAAGAAAGACCACCCAAAUCUGAAGGCCACAGUCACAUCCAUUCUGAGAUGGGCAUUUUUGGAUGGCUUAAUAGAAGCUGGUUAUCACUGUGAAUGGUGCAUUUAUUCACACACAGAGCCAAGUGGUUUGCUUGUGCAUUACCAAAGGAGACAUCCCGAGCAUUAUGUUGACUAUACAUAUAUGGCAACUAAACUCUGGGCAGGUCCUGAUCCUUCCUCUUCUGCCUUAGUGAUGCCAACAGAGAUAAAGACCUAUAGAUGCAGAGACUGCAUUUUUGAAGCAUCUUCCAUUUGGGAUAUUACUAAUCACUACCAAGCAUUUCACCCAUGGGCCAUGAAUGGAGAUGAAUCUGUGUUGCUAGAUAUCAUCAAGGAGAAGGACGCUGCUGAGAAAUCCAUCCAGCAGCCCGAUGAAGCUGGGGCCAGGAUGGAUUCUGAAGACCAGAUAACAACAUCUCAGAUGGAUCAGGAUACAGAGUGUGCAGAGGAUCCUAGUCUUUCCCAGGAAAAAACUGUCCAGCUGGCUUCUGCAAACCCUGCCAUCUCCUCAACUCCGUAUCAAUGUACAGUUUGCCAGUCUGAGUACAACAACUUGCAUGGCCUCCUCACACAUUAUGGCAAAAAGCAUCCUGGCAUGAAAGUGAAAGCUGCAGACUUUGCUCAGGAUAUAGAUAUUAACCCAGGGGCUGUAUAUAAGUGCAGACAUUGCCCAUACAUUAAUACACGUAUUCAUGGUGUUCUCACACACUACCAGAAACGGCACCCAUCAGUAAAGGUCACUGCAGAAGACUUUGUGCAUGAUGUGGAGCAGUCAAAUGAUAUUGCACAGAAUGAUGUGGAAGAGACAAGUAGGAUUUUCAAGCAAGGCUAUGGUGCUUAUCGGUGCAAACUCUGCCCUUACACUCAUGGAACACUUGAGAAACUGAAAAUUCACUAUGAGAAAUACCACAAUCAACCUGAAUUUGAUGUUUUUGCCCAAUCACCACCAAAGGUGACUGCCUCAGUGGAGCCAGACAUAGUGACUGAAAUCAAAGCCUCCCCAGAAAUGGCUGUUGAAGAUGUUGGAGAAGUCUCUGUACCAGCAUCUCAUUUCUCCAGUUCUCAUUUAGUGUCUCACACAGUUUUCCGGUGUCAACUCUGCAAAUACUUCUGUUCCACCCGGAAGGGGAUAGCGAGGCACUAUCGCAUCAAGCAUAACAAUGUCCGGGCACAACCAGAAGGCAAGAACAACCUCUUCAAAUGUGCCUUGUGUUCAUACACCAACCCUAUCCGCAAAGGGCUUGCAGCACACUACCAGAAAAGACAUGACAUUGAUGCCUACUACACUCACUGCUUAGCAGCCUCCAGGACGGUAAGCGACAAACCCAAUAAAGUGAUCAUUCCAUCUCCUCCCAAGGAUGACACUCCUCAGUUAAGUGAGGAGCUGAGAAGGGCUGUAGAGAAGAAGAAAUGCUCACUUUGUUCCUUCCAGUCCUUCAGCAAAAAGGGUAUUGUGUCCCACUACAUGAAGCGUCACCCUGGUGUUUUCCCUAAGAAGCAGCAUGCUAGCAAGCUGGGAGGUUACUUCACUGCUGUGUAUGCUGAUGAGCAUGAAAAGCCAGCUCCGGUUGAGGAGAGGAAUGAGUUUGAAAAGCCUGAGGUGGAGACUGAGCCUCAGGAAAUUGAGUGGCUUCCCUUCAGGUGCAUCAAAUGUUUCAAGCUGUCUUUCAGCACUGCAGAGCUGCUGUGCAUGCAUUACACUGAACACCACAGCAAGGAUUUGAAGAGGGACUUUACCAUACUGGGAAGCGGCACCCGUUCUCAGAACCCUGUCUACCAGUGCAAGCACUGUGAUAUGAAAUUGCAUAGCACAGCAGAGCUGACUGCACACUUAAAUGGUCACAACGAGGAAUUCCAGAAGCGUGCCAAACGUCAAGAGAGGAGGAAGCAGCUUUUGAGCAAGCAGAAAUAUGCAGAUGGUGCUUUUGCAGAUUUCAAACAAGAGAGGGCUUUUGGACACUUGGACGAUGUUUCAAAACUUAAGGAGAGGAAGGUAGUUGGCUACAAAUGCAAAUUUUGUGUGGAAGUCCAUCCAACACUUCGAGCCAUCUGUAAUCACCUUCGCAAGCAUGUCCAGUAUGGGAAUGUCUCUUCUGUGUCAGCUGCAGUAAAGCAGGAAGCUGAAGAUUCUUCAAACACAGCUUUGAUGGAGGGUUUUGAGGGAGCCAAAGACCCUGGCAUUGUGGAAUUUACAGAAGCUGAAUUUGGAGCGUCCUUGGAAGACGAAACCAGGCCUGGGGGCUACCACUGCAGCCAGUGUGACCGGGUUUUGAUGUCUAUGCAGGGUCUGCGAUCUCACGAGAGGAGUCACUUGGCUCUGGCCAUGUUUGCCCGGGAAGACAAGUACAGCUGCCAGUAUUGCUCCUUUGUCUCUGCUUUCAGGCACAAUCUGGAUCGUCAUAUGCAGACCCAUCAUGGACACCAUAAGCCGUUCCGUUGCAAGCUGUGCCCAUUCAAGUCCUCCUACAAUAGCCGCCUGAAAACCCAUAUACUCAAGGCUCACGCUGGUGAACAUGCCUACAAAUGUUCCUUCUGCUCAUUUUCCACCAUGACAAUCAGCCAGCUGAAAGAGCACUCCUUGAAAGUGCAUGGGAAAGCACUGACACUACCAAGACCCCGCAUUGUCAACCUUGCAGCCUCACACGCCCACCAUACCUCCAAGAACCACAUUCCUGCUGAAGAAGUGGAGGACUCUAAUGACUCUUCAUACUCUGAGCCUCCUGAUGUUCAGCAGCAAUUGAACCAUUACCAGUCUGCAGCUUUGGCCAGGAACAACAACAUGAGCCCAAUCCCACUUUCUGGGAGUGCUGCAGGGCUGGAAAAAAUGGAAGCCAUCCUUAAUUGUGAAUUUUGUGAAUUCUCCUCGGGUUACAUACAGAGCAUUCGGCGUCAUUACCGUGACAAACACGGAGGGAAAAAACUCUUCAAGUGCAAAGAUUGUUCCUUUUAUACAGGCUUUAAAUCUGCUUUUACUAUGCACGUGGAAGCUGGGCAUUCGGCAGUUCCUGAGGAAGGACCCAAAGACCUUCGCUGUCCUCUUUGCCUAUAUCACACCAAAUAUAAAUGCAACAUGAUUGAUCAUAUAGUUCUGCACAGAGAAGAGCGGGUUGUUCCCAUUGAAGUCUGCCGUUCCAAACUAUCAAAGUACUUGCAGGGAGUUGUUUUCCGCUGUGAUAAGUGUACCUUUACCUGCUCCAGUGAUGAGAGCUUGCAGCAGCACAUAGAGAAGCACAAUGAACUGAAACCUUACAAAUGCCAACUCUGCUACUAUGAGACCAAACACACCGAGGAGCUGGACUCUCACCUCCGAGAUGACCACAAGGUGAGUCGUAAUUUUGAGCUAGUUGGACGGGUUAACUUGGACCAGCUGGAACAAAUGAAGGGGAAAACAGAGACCUCCAGCAGUGAUGAAGAAGAAAAAGAAGAUGAGUUAAGCCUUAACACUGAAGAGAGAGAUCCCAUGAUAUUUCCUGACAGUGGUGCUCCAGCGAAACGCUUCCCGUGUGAGUUCUGUGGCCGAUCAUUUACAGAAGGCUCUGAGUGGGAGCGACAUGUGCUGAGACAUGGCAUGGCACUGAAUGAAAGCAACCACAGGACCAGUGAGGAGAGCCAGCCGAAGGAUGACAUAGAAGAAACUAUUUGCACAGUGCCGGAAGAAAAAGAAGGCAUUGAGAAAAUGGUGGUGGACUAUUCCCCUGACAGUGAAACAGCAGUCAGCAUGGUAACUGCUGACAAACCUCUCCAAGACAACUCAGAGGCCAAAAACGAAUAAGCAUUUGGUGUGAUUCAAAUCAAUGUACUUGAACGGUGAUGAAUGGGGUGGGGAGGUGGGUGGGGUGGGCAGAAGGAAGGAAUAAAGCUGCUCUUAGGACUGAAUGAUCUAUUUUCAAAGCACUGGUACCUGUGUGAGUGUGUGUAUAUUAAAGUUAUUUAAGUGAUGGAAUAAGUGGUUCCAUUACAUCACUGCAUCUUUUCUUCUGGAUCUUGACAAUGGGAAGUUACAUUCAUCUUGGACUAAUGAAGAAACUCCCAGUAUUCCUACAUUACACAUCAUGCUUUGCAGUGGAGACUUGGAUUGUUUGUGAAUGGAAGCGUCGUGAGCAUGGAAGAAGUAGGGGGGAUAACUUUUCAACGCACAAAUUUGGGUGCGUUUUUCUAGUUUUAAUACAUAACGCUUUUCCAGUCUGAAUGCAACUGCUUUAGAAAAGAAAAAAAAAGAGAAAAAAAAAAAAAAAGAAAACAAAAACAAAACAGAAACUGCUUUGCUUAAAACAGUCACCUGUUUCCUAGUACCUCAGAAUUAACCAAGGGAGAUCUCUGCAUUUGUCAGUACUACCUGUUGUUGUUGUGGUUAAAUGUAGAGAGACUGCUGGGCAAGGUGGUGAGUGGAGGAAGAAAAAAAGUUUUAAAGAAAGGAAAACAAAUUGUGCUUAAAAUCCCAGUGUGGGUUUUAUUUCUUAAAUACUGUGAUUUUUUUAAUUAUUUUAGUAAAAAAAAAAACAAAAAAAAAGAGAGAGAGACUUUAAUUCCUAGAUAACUGUUUGUGAAUUGUCAUCCUUUAUUCCAGGUAAGCUGUUUGUUAGUAUUCAGUUAUAAUUUUAGGAUUUGAUAGAUUUCAUGUGACUGAUUGUGCGGUUUUGUUUGCCACAUGUUUAUUUUCUAUCAGCCUGAGGUGUUACAAAUACAGCACAAUUAAGUUUCUCAUAUAAAAUGAGUAUUUCUUUUCAAGGGGGAGGGUCAGGGAAAGGAGACUAGAUCUUGUGAAAAGAACUUUUGUUGUUGCUGUUGUUAAUUUUAAACAUAUGGAAAUAACAAAGAUGUUUUAACUUUUUUUUUUUAAAAAAAAAAAAAAACAAAAACCUAAAGAACCAAACUUAUGGCACAGCUAUGCAGCUCGCGGGCCAGACAUAUAGGUCCUCAUAACCGUUCUGUUGCUUGUCAUAUUAACAUCUAUCAGUCUCACACCAGUAACUUUUUGUUAAGAUUGGCUGCCUUUUUUUCUUCUGUCUGUGGUGUGUGUGUUUUCUUUCUGUUUUGGUGUGGUGGGUGGGAGGGGUGUCUGUUAACACAUCUUUUUGCAAGCAGAGGUGAAAUAGUUACAUACAACAUUGAGCCUGGAGAACUACUUUUACUCGAUUCAAGAUGGAGUUGCUAAGUUUUUCCCCUCCUCCUUAGCUUUUAGCGCGAGGGGAGCAGUGUAGAAUGAGUAGGAACCUGCAUACCUAAGUGGCUGAUCCUGAACUACUCGGGUGGAAAGCCUACCAAAACUCAACAGGAAUUUUGCCCGAACAAUAAAUACAGGAUCUGGUGCCCAUGGUAUGUUCUGAUUGUGAACAAAAAAACAAAAAACAAAAAAAAAAAGUUUCUUUCCAAAAAGUAGAAAGUACUUGACUGAAACCUAGUUUUAGAAAUGCAUGUGUCUUUGUUUGUUUUUUUUGUUUUGGGAAGGGAUCUGUGGGAGGGGGAGGGGGGGGGACUAGGAAGCUGCUGAGGAAACGUGUCCUAGAGCUUCACAUGAAAUUGAUGGCAAAAAUGUUGCAUUUGUGGAAUAAGUGCUACUUGAGAAGCAUGGUGUUUUGCUUUUGGGGAUUCAUCAGUUGUGUGUUAGGGGUAUUAUUUUGAUUUUUUUGUUGUUUUGUUUUGUUUUGUUUUUUGAAGUAGGGAGGGAAUGUCAUGGAAAAACACAUUGGAGGGACAAGUAUAAAUAUGCAUUUUGUGUCUGUAUUUGUUUUUUAAUUGGCCUCAUUUCAAAUGUAUUUAAACAGUUCCAUACCUGGAUUGGGUGUUUGUAAUGGUUACCAAAAAUGAAAAAGAAAAAAAAAAAAAAAGAUUGUGACAUGCUUUUAUCACUACUUUAUUUUUCAAAUAACAUGUAAAUAUUGUAAUCCAUUGGAUUUUGUUUUGCUAACCUGUUAAUAAAAAAUAUGGGACCAUUAUCCUUUUAACAAGCCUAGAACGUCAUAUUUUUUUUUUCCUUUUUUUCUUUUCCCAAAAAUGUAUACCUGAUAUGUUGUGGACACACAUUUUAGAUGCAUUAUUAUGAUUCUGUUGACUGUAAUGACGUAGAAUUGAAAAUAACAAUUUUUUCAUUGUUUAAUUUAUACAGAGGACUUUUUCAGAGUUUGACAGAAGGAAAUAAUAGCAAAAUGCUAACCCAUUGGCUUCAGCACUCGGUAUUUCCUCAUUUUAAAAUUACUGCUUACUGAUGGGGGAUAGGAAGGGGAUACUGAACUGUUGCACUGACGGGUUUGUUUUUUUUUAAAAAAAAAAACAAUGAAAAUUAAUAAAAACUUUUUA